CACUAAGCAACUGAUGACGUCAUUAACACUGUGACUACUUUUGUAUCCCCGUAGUUGUGGAAUAUAACCUUCUUUGGCCGGUUUUGUACGUUUGAAGAAGAAAAUUGUUACUGGCAUAUAAUACUUUCAAAAUGGAUAAAGACGAAUUGGUACAGAGGGCCAAACUUGGAGAACAGGCCGAGAGGUAUGAUGAUAUGGCAGCAUCAAUGAAACAAGUUACAGAAAUGGGUGUGGAAUUAAGCAAUGAAGAACGAAAUUUGCUGUCGGUCGCAUACAAGAACGUCGUCGGGGCAAGGCGAAGUUCCUGGAGGGUUAUUUCAAGUAUAGAACAGAAAACUGAAGGAAGUGAAAGAAAGCAGCAAAUGGCUAAAGAAUAUCGCGAAAAAGUCGAAAAAGAAUUAAGAGAAAUAUGUUACGAUGUUUUGGGUCUUUUAGACAAGUUCCUGAUUCCUAAAGCUAGUAAUGCAGAAAGCAAAGUUUUUUACCUGAAGAUGAAGGGAGAUUAUUAUAGAUAUCUGGCUGAGGUUGCAAGUGGAGAUCAGAAAAACAGUGUUGUAGAUGAGUCUCAAAAAGCCUACCAAGAAGCAUUUGAUAUCAGUAAAACAAAAAUGCAACCAACACAUCCUAUUCGGUUGGGCCUAGCAUUGAAUUUCUCUGUAUUUUAUUAUGAAAUACUGAAUUCUCCUGACAAGGCUUGUCAGUUGGCAAAACAGGCAUUUGAUGAUGCGAUUGCUGAGUUAGACACAUUGAAUGAAGACUCUUAUAAAGACAGUACGUUAAUUAUGCAGCUGCUGAGGGACAAUUUGACAUUAUGGACAUCGGAUACUCAGGGUGAUGGAGAAGAACCCACGGAAACACAGGAAAAGUGAUCCUCUGGAGACUGAUGAGCAUUCCCACCUCUGCUACACCUAGGAGGAAGCCUUUUAUUGUUAACACUUGUACACAACCAGUAGUGUUGAUACUCAUAAGUUCUUCAGACUAAAUAAACUCCCUGUGGUUAUGUGUUAUUUUUAAUACCAAAUGAUUCAACCACGCAUGUGUUCUUGGUCCUAUAAUAAUCACAGUUGUGUGUGUCUAUUAUUCCUUGUCUUUUCUUGAGGAAUUUCCAGAACAGCAGUAAAUCACGGGGAAACUACCAUUCAGAUAGUUGGUGUAGUCUUACGAUGCUAAUUAAUUCAUUCGGAUUCACUGAAAUGCCAAAAUAGUUUGUUUUUUUCAGCCUAAUGCUUGUUGUUGUUUUUUUUUGUUUUAGUCAGUAUAAACCUAGUGUAGCUAAGUUAUUAAACCAUAUUUGAAAGGUUGGAUCUCUUACAAGAUCUACUUAAAGUUCAGCAAUGUAGAUAUUUUUCUUUAGGCCCGACUUGCUUCUAGUAUUUUUUUUUUAACAUGUGAUGUGUUUUGAAAUUGGCAUGCAUAGUGUUUUAACUUUUUUGUGUUUGAGGGUUAUGAUUAUGGGGACCCUGUGCACAAUUAUUACAAGACCAUCUCUUGAUUGGUCUAGUCACUACUAGAAGAUGUUUUCUUUACACAGGUGACAGUUAUUUGGAAUUUAGCUUCUUAGUGUGGUUGUCUCUUACUCUUCUGUUCUGGUGUUCUUUACUCCGCUCCUGAUGGUCUAGAUCACUUGUACUUUGUGCAUGCCUGUUUGAUAACUUACUACAGUAACGGUAGAGUUGUAUAGGAAAAUAACAGUUGUAUGCUUUGUUUUCUAAUUGGUCAAAAUCUGUAUCUACUUGUUAUAUGUACAUGCCUGUUUUUAUAAUUUACUACAGUAACAAGUUGUAUAGAAAUAAACAAAAUUGCCUAAUUA